AUGGGUACAGGUUUCUGGAGUGAUACCUGUGCACCCAUGCUGUUUGCUUAUCUGUUACCAAUUGUUAGGUUACCUACGCCGAUAAAGCAAAAAGAAAUCUUGACCCUCGAAAUUAUUCGAGUACGGGGAAUCGAACCCCGAGCUACCGCGAUCCCAACUUCACCCCGCGACCCACGGUACUACAUUCCUCGACGCCCGUCUCCCCUUAGCCUCCCACCGCUCGCGCCCCACAUGGCCUUUCAGGGCCCUUCGACACACCAUGUUACCUUCCAAGCACCCUCUCACGGUUUCCAGGCUUUUGCGGCUUUGGCCGUUCCGAACACCGCUCAUGAGCAGGGCGGGAGAGUGUACAAGGAACCGCGAUACCCACUAGAAGCCCAGCGGCGGUUUCUUUCUGAAGCAAGGAAGGCAUUGAAUGAGGUAAAGAGGGACAAGGAUGAGGAACAGCCGAAAUCGCCCUGCCAAACACUGCCCCCGCCUUCACCGACGACGACGCAACAACAGCCCAAAGCGCAGUCGUCUCCGACGUUGACUCUCCCCCUUACUCCUCUCAGCGGCGCGAGUACUGUAUCGCAGUACUCCCAGCUGGGCGACGAGGACGAUCACGAGACACAGGAGAAACGUAAGGGCGGCGUUUUCUGCUGCAUUGUCCCAAGCCCCCAGUCGUUCCCGUGGGCGAGCCUGCGAUGCGGCAAGUUUCCGCAACGCAUCGUUAGCUUGGGCGGGCUCCAGUCAGAAUACGUUGAGAUCAAGUUUGACCAGUUCACGCGACAAACACCUCCACCAAGACAGUCUAAGAUUUGCUUGAUUCAAGCCACCUCUCAAGCGGACGUCGACUGGUCAAAGAACAGCAAUAUGGAUACUAGAGUUUGA